CGGCUGCUGUAUUCCUUCGACUCUGUUCACCUCCAUUCACACAGUAAAUAAAAGCAUGGAGGCUCUGACUCUCGGGAUCUAACACCGAGCAGCGGGGGGUAAAGACACCGCCGCAUGCGCUCUACCUUUCGCCUAAACGCACAGGACGGAGGCGGGGAAGCGGGGAACGCUUCGCCCGGUGGAUUUAACUCGUUUUCUGCGGAAAGGAGGAUUGUAGUCGGCGCUAAGAGCGGGGCAGUCCGCCGUGCCGAGCAUGAAGCGGACGGCUGGAGUGGCCAGGCACAAUGGCCUCGUCUCUCCGCUGGGGAACAACAACUCCGGAGCUUCGAGCAUCGUAUCGCCGCACAGAGCCGCUAGCAUCCCCGCUCCUGCCGACAGCGGUGCUUGCGGUGGGAUGGACGGCCUGGUGGAUUUCUCCAAAGGCCCCGUCGUCAAAACCGAACUGGUGUGCAAAUGGAUUGACCGAACUUCUUCGAGACAGAGGCUCGGGCGGACGGCGACGUCCGUCUGCGACCAAACUUUCAGCUCCAUGCACGAGCUGGUGGACCACGUCACCACCGAGCAUGUAGCCGCGGGGCUGGAGAGCCUCAGUCACGUCUGCAUGUGGGACGAGUGCCUGCGCGGCGGGAAGGCGUUCAAAGCCAAAUACAAACUCAUCAACCACAUCCGCGUGCACACCGGGGAGAAGCCGUUUUCAUGCGCGUUUCCCAACUGCGGCAAGAUGUUCGCACGCUCCGAGAACCUCAAGAUCCACACGCGCACGCACACUGGCGAGAAGCCAUUCCAGUGUGAGUUUUGCGAGCGACGCUUCGCCAACAGCAGUGACCGGAAGAAGCACUCACAGGUCCACACAGCGUCUAAGCCCUACGACUGCAAGGCCCUUGGUUGCACCAAGUCCUACACCCACCCCAGUUCCUUGCGCAAACACAUGAAGGUUCACGUCAAGUCGUCACCUACCUCUGAACCCCAGGACCCAUAUGACUCCAUCGCUCAUCAACUACACCAACCUCAUCAGGCUCUCCUAGAGCCCCUCAACCUUAAAAUGAACCGCCUCUCUCCAUCACUUGCCAACAAAAAUGCUGAAUUUCCACUUCUGACUAAUCACGAACUGGGUAUCAGCUCAGCUAGCGAAGUGGACCAUAAGCUGCUGCUGCGAAGUUCGUCUCCCAUGGCAAUGCCUCUGGAUCUGUCUCUGUCGGGCCUGAAAAGUCAGCUGGCCCAGAAGCAGCAGAGUGGAAGGACCCCACGUAGGAGCCAGCGCUCAGUCAACCCAGCCUUACCUCAGUUGUCUAACAUUAAAGAGUGGUAUGUCUGUACCAGGACUACAGCACCACACUUUCCUCUACUUCACCCAGACCACAUCAAAUCAGAACCUAGUGAUGAUGAGGAGUAUGUCACGUAGGAAGGAGGAACUGGUGAAACUGGAGGUUCACAACAGACCUCAUACAUUGUCAGACCCAGGUCAGGUCAGAUGAUGCUCUGUGGAAUCAUAGUUUCUGUCAUUUUCUAGAACCAGUAGUUGUAUGGUUCAGCAUCAGUUGCACUUCUAAGAAGCAGAAGGGUGUGAUCAGGUAGAUGGCUGUUCCUCCAUCUCAGAUACAGAACUCGGCUCAGAGAUCGUCACCAUCUGUUGACCAAAAGGAAUGGCUGAAAAGAUGCCACAAGGGACAAGAGGAAUUCCAUCUCUAUGAUGAUCAAACUAAACGUCUGGCAAAUAAUUGCAAGUGAUCUAAUCAGUGUUAGCUAGUUAACCUGAACUAACGAAGGGGAUUAUUUUGUACAAAUGAACCAGAGAAUGUUGGUGACUGUUGUGCUUGCUGUUAAAGAAUAUGAAGAGGGUAUGUGUGUAUCAUGACCUCUCUACAGAGAUAGAUCAUUGACCAAUUUAUCUUCGACAUCCACCUAGAUGAAGCAAUUUCAAGGGCUAAAUUGACACAGAUGGAACGUGGGUAUUGUGAAUCUGAACUCACGAUAUAAUUGUACAAAUGGUAAUAGAGCUGGUGAGUGUAUGCCUGUGAAGGCCUCAGUAAGCUUUAAGCAAACUAUGUUGUACAAUGUGAGAAAGUUACAAAUACUGUUGGAGGCAGCUCAUUGUGCUGUCAGAAAUUGUUUCUCAGAUGCUGUUUGGAAAUCCAGACACUUUGUUUGAAGCAAUCUGAGGCCUUCACUAAUAAACCCUUGGUAGUAACUUGUUCAAAAGUGUAUUAUGUCACCACAGUCUAAUCUAACACAGCAUCCAGCAGUAAAGCUGGAGAUUUAGGACAGUGGGAUCCCCUUUGUACUGAUCAAGUGUCUCCUUAACCUCUUCAACUCUAUGGACCUUUCAGAAAGUUCAUCAUGGAUUAAUGUUUACACUCCACUUUCAAUUAAGUUAAGAUCCCCAAGGUUUCCAAAAUGACCAUGUAUGUCAUACACAUAUUCCUUUAACAAAAUGUGUAUUAAAUGAUGCACAAACCAUCUAGUAUUUUUCCUUUGAUCAAACAUGCAGCCGUAAAAAGUAGCAGCUCAGAAUAUUCAGUCAAUGUAAGGAUCCUGUGAUGUCAAUGGAUCAAGAAAGUGCAAUGUAUUGUCUAAGAUUGUGGUAGAGCUGGGAAAAUUUGUAAUUUAUUAUUUGAAGAGAUCACUUUAAAUGCUUGAUAAGUGAGUCAUGUACAUUAUCCAUCCACUAGUCAUUUCAAGCAGGAUUUGAUCCAGAGAUGUAAGGAAAUCUAUAUGAAGCAGAUUUAUUUAACAAUGAAGCAGGAAUUAAAUGCUAUUUCAAGGGGACACUACUGGUGUAUUAAGGUAAAACUGAAAAUGAGCAAAUCUGAAAUGUCUCCAGUAAUUCUUGGAUGGAUAAUCUGAGGAAAAAUCUGACAGUUCAUUUCUGUUUUCUCUUUAAAACAAAUUUGGCUAACGAAGGGUUUAAACAAAUUAUCACCAGCUAAUCAAUUUGGAACUCAAGAGCAGAGAGGGUACGUGGACAUUUGUAAGUGCAGAACAAGUUUUGAAAGGAAGGGUUAAACUGUUUCAUGGAAGUUUGGAAGUUUUGAUUCUAAAGAGCAAAAAUCUCUGAUAUCAAAAAUCAACUUGAGCAGCUUGCAUCCAUUGACAUGGUUGGCAAGGUAGAACAGUGGGCUGCACUUUCACAACUAAAGGGUCAAGGGUUGAUUUCUCCAGCUGGGGCCUUUUUGAGUGGAGUUCCAAACACAUGCAUGAAUUACACAUGAAUGUUUGUUUGACCAUUUAUAGCCCCAUGCUGGACUGGUUUACCAUACCUUUCACCCAGUGUGAGGGAUCGGGUCCAGCUCUCUGACCCUGUACACAAUAGGCUGGUAUAGAUAAAGGAGGGAUGGUGACCUGUGCUUGUAAACACAAACAGCUGAAUAAAGUAUUUUGCAUUGGACCAGGAAGUUUCAUUAAAGGCUUCCUUCCAAAUGACAUUUGAUAAGAAAAAAGAGCCAUGUAUGGAAAACAAGCAUGUUAAGACCUUCUGACAAUAUCCAGUGCUCAGAGAACAUUCACUGAACCACUGGUUGUCUUUAUGAAAUGUAAGAGGCAGAUGACCUGCUAAACUUGAGUGGAUAUCAUCCUGCUACCCUAACCCCUUAAUGUUCCACCGCUAACACCGUGAUAAAGCAACACAAAAUCAUAAUCACUGUGUAACUAAAUGAGUGAAUCAGAAAAGAAAAACAAUUCAUUACACUGAACUAAGUUUCCUGCCCUUGUUGAAAAGAGACAAUGAAAUCAACCAUUUUAUCAACCAUCCAAGAAGGGUUGAAUAAAGGGCAACUGUGCCUGUUAUUUUUCAUCCCUCAUCCAAGAGGCUUCCUCAGUUCUGAUUGGUGAUGAGUUUAGGUAUUCAACCUCUAUGGGGUUGUUAUCAAGGCCUUUACAGCCAAGUGUAAUCGACAGCUGGAGUUUUUGGAGUCACAUGAGGUGAAGUGGGAAUCUCCAGGGAAGGGAUGAAAGAGCAGCAUUGUUGGUGGGAAAUAAGUGGCUUUGUAGACCUCAGCUGUUGAGGGAUCUACAUACAAUAUGAAUGUUGUUGUUGUCAUGAGUGUCCCUUAUCCUUUGGGUGUGGGUAAACUGCUGGCGUCCUCCUUCGUUGAGCUUUGCAUGUAUUUAAGGGUUGUUCAGGCUCACCAAAAUACAGUUCUGUGUAUUCCUCGCUGCACUGGACUGUAUAUACCAUAUUGCGUUUCUUGUCUUUGGAUGUGUGGUUUUUGAGUUGUACUUUGUGUUAAAAAACAGGGAUGUGGUGCUAUUUUUUUGAAGAUUCCCCCGAGGUUCUAAGAUUCCUCUUUUCAGUGUCGUGUUCUUCCUUUGCUCAACACUUCUUGGAUAAGCCUGGCCUGGAUGACUGAGAAUCUCCAUAGACAUUUUUUUUGCUGUACAGUAUAGCAAUUUGAUUCUUUAAACAGUUUUCUGAAAACAGAUGAGGACUUUGUCUGUCUUUACAACAACAACAAGGCUCAUGCUUUAGAGAACAAGACUUUAAUAAUGAGUGUAAGCUCAGAAGAUUUUUCUCAAAUAUGACUCAAGAUCAUCUGAAACAAAUCUCUAGCUUUCAGGCACAUCUACGGCGAUCUAGAACAAGAGAAGUUCCAGACAGAGCUGGGACGUGGCCCAUGGGAUAAUAUUGCUUAAGUUGUACUACUGUUCCACUAACUGAACUGCUCAGUAUAGUCAGGGUCUCCACGUAAUUCAAGCCACCUAAAUUAAUCCAUGUUUAGAUUUGUGAUUAAUUAAUAUCAGACAUGAAGUGGAUAUGCACUACCAGCUCGUACUGCUUUACACCAAGGUGCUUUUAAAAUUAGAAUAGACUGAUACUCUUUUUCACCAAGGACCAAUCCUUAAUCUGCAGGACUGACCCCUGUGACACAAUUGUACCCCAAACCUGCUGACCUGUGAUAUCUUGUGUCCAUCAUAUUAACUAGAAAAGGCAGUGGAUACAGGUCAGACAGUGUAUCUGCACCUAAACCAGACUUUUACGAGUGUCAUGAAUUUUGGUGUCAGACUUUAAUGUGAAGGAACCAGCCAUUCUAUUUAAGAUUAAAAGUCAGAGCUGUAAACAAACUGAACCAGGUAAGAAGUACAUUUUUCUUUUUCUUUUUUCUAUUUUUGAGGCUAAGCUACUGGUUGGAGAUGCUGGCAAGUCUCAAGGUCAUUUAUCAGUGAGUAAAAUUGCAUUUUUCAUGCACAUCCACUGGUUUACUGCAUGAGUCAUGUGCAGUCUUCAAAGAGCAAUACAAAAAAAAUAUGUGAUGAAUUUUUCAUGAAUU